AUGCACAUUUCCAAAGCUUUCCAGGCCGCUUUUCUGUUGGCGGUCUCCCUUCCAGUUCAAGCAUGGAAUAGGCUGGACAAAAACAACGCUGCCUUGCUAGUCAUUGACCAUCAGGUUGGCCUUGCCCAGCUCGUGCGCGACUAUGGCACCAAUGACUUCCGCAACAACAUGCUGGCGCAUGCUGCCCUUGGCAACGUCUUUGACUUACCUACUGUUCUGACCUCCUCUUCUGAUGGAGGACCCAACGGUCUGCUGCUCAAGGAAAUCAUGGAGAUGCACCCCAAUGCUACCUUCGUGCGUCGCCAGGGUGAGGUUAACGCCUGGGAUAACGCGGAGUUCCGUGCCGCAGUGAAGGCAACGGGUAAGAAACAGCUGAUCAUUGGCGGUAUUGUGACUGAAGUUUGCACCACUUUCCUGGCCCUUUCUCUCAUCGACGAGGGAUAUGAAGUCUUUGCCAAUACCGAUGCCAGUGGUACUUUUGAUCUUCGCCUGGCGGAAGAUGCGAACCGACGCAUGGAGCGUGCUGGUGUCACUCUCAUGGGACUAUUCGGCAUUGUUUGCGAUCUGAUGCGGGACUGGAGACAUACCCCGGGUCUCAACCAAUUGCUUCCCUUCCUUGACAAGUAUCAAUUCGCCUACGGCCUGGUCGCUCGUCACCACGCCGGAUCGAUCCAGAACGGAACUCUUUCUCCCAUUGAGCUGACUCUGAUCUAG